AGAGAACGUUGACGAUCGCAGCACAACAUGCUGAGCGGGAAAAUAUGUGAUUGCCAAUACAGUGCCUACGGUGGUGGACUACAUUGGUAUCGCUCCUUCGACAACGAAUUUUCGCGUUAAUGAUAAAGAAAUUAGUUCUAGUGUAAAGACUACCAGUUCGCAGGUCCUCAGUUAGCUUUUUAUGUGAUAUAUAGUAGUUAGGCGCCUUAAGCGCUUCGAAGAAAAAAACAAGUCCUUACAAAAAUCAAAAUGCAGAAUAUCAAAUACAAACCCAUAAAGGAUAUUGAAGAGGAUGAGGAUCUGCAAGAUCUUUGUCCCACGCAUCGCAAUCGCGCUGGACAUCAUCCAAGUGCGGAGGUUGGAGAACCUUUUCACAUACAUUGGUCUAUGAAACUAUUAUGUUUAGCAUUUUUUUUCACCCAUCUGGUAUAUGUGUCAUACGAAAGUGGAGCUUAUCGCUUAUUGAGAGCAAAUGGAAAUAGUACAACAUUUGUAAAACCCUAUGAUAAUGACACUUAUUCGGAAUAUAAGGAAUCACAUGGAAUUUUACAGCAGCAACAUCUGCAUCAAGACAUAACCACGUUGCGAAACUAUGACAUCGAGACAUAUACAGAUGAUCGUUAUGACACAGAGACUUAUCAGGAUGUCAGUUAUGAAGAAACGACCGUAGAAGGAAAUCAUCAAAGUCAACAAAUCAAUAAUUCGUUAACUAAUUUGUUAACAAUUAAACCACCAAAUGAUGAUCAUUAUAAUUCAUCAACUAUAGAAAAUAUUUUAACAGACAUAAUAUCAGUAGGCAACUCAACAGAAACUUCAACAAAUCAGUCAACAACAACUUUAUCAAUGUCAAAAAUGCAGCAACAUCCGCAUCAAGAAACCACUACGUUGGAAAGCUUUGACAUGGAGACAUAUACUGAUGAUCAUUAUACCACAGAAUCUGAUGAAGAUGUCAGUUAUGAAGAAACGACGGUAGAAGGAAAUCAUCAAAGUCAACAAAUCAAUAAUUCGUUAACUAAUUUGUUAACAAUUAAACCACCACAUGAUGAUGAUCAUCAUCAUAAUUCAUCAACUACAGCAAAUAUUUUAACAGACAUCGUCUCAGUAGGCAACUCAACAGAAACUUCAACAAAUCUGCCGACAAAAACAACCGCUCUAUCAAAGUCAAAAAUGUCUUCUGCACCUACCUCAACAACUUUUGCUGCUAUUAUAGCCAAUUCAACCACAAAUUCAUUGAAUUAUUUCACCCAAAAAUUGCCUCAAGCUAUAAAUUUGACUACAAUUAAUCGUGAUGAGUCAAUCAAUCGCCAUGCAUCAACAAUGAACAUCACAUCAAUUACCAAAGCUCCAACUUCCCCAACUAAGGCCAGAGUCAAUACUAGCAGCCGCAGCGGCUUCAGCCCCAACAAUAGCACCAGCAGCACUGUCAUGCAUGUGAGCACGCAAAGGCAGCAUCCGACGACCCCUUCUUUCAAGAAGAAGAAACAGGGAACGCAACGUAAAUUCUACAUUAACACCUCCAGAUGCCAUAUGCCUUACGUCAACCCCUUUACACCAGAGGCUCGGAAACUAUUUAAGCCCUCGCAUUCAACCGGGUGCACCAAGGACAAGGCCAUUGUCAGCGUGCGUUAUGAUGAUCUCAACAGGCAAUACCUUUUGCACAUUGACUAUGCGGUGGCUAUGACGUUGGUCAAAAAAGCUACCAAAGAAACAAUUGUUGAUGAUUUGCGCUGUUGUUAUCGUCAAAUUGAACGAGCCGGAAGUGGCGGCUCCGCUGAUAGUAAAUUUCAUUUACUGUCUUGUACAAAUUUUCAUCAAGAUUUUGUGGUUCCCACUCACAUAAAGGGUGUUAUUGUGGAUUGUACAUCGAAAUCGAUGAAAAACGCGGUCAUUCAACAGGAUGCCUUUACAUUUAUACAAGUGAAAGGAGCCAGCGAUAAGAAUAAUACGAAAGGACCUCCAUCCAAUGUCACAGAAGAGAAAAACGAUGGACGAAAAUUGGGCAUACUUUUGAUUGGAAUUGAUUCAUUGUCUCGCAUUAACUUUCGUAGGACUAUGCCUGAAACUGCAAAGUAUUUGGAUCAAAAAGGAUGGUAUGAAUUGAGAGGAUACAAUAAGGUUGGCGAUAAUACCUUUCCCAAUUUAAUGCCUCUUCUGACUGGCUAUGGACUGAAUAGGUCUAUGCAUGACUGCAAUCCUAAAAUACCUGGUGGUUUAGAUAAAUGCACUUUCAUAUGGAAUAGAUUGAAAAAACAUGGUUUUGUAACUGCCUAUGCCGAAGACACUCCCACCAUAUCAACUUUCAAUUACUUGAAGAAAGGCUUUCUCAAACAGCCCACCGAUCAUUAUUAUCAUCCCAUAGCAUUGGCCAUCGAAAAAAGCAUGAAAUUGAAAAAAAAGGCUGCGCUCAACUAUUGCGUGGGUCGCCAUCAAUCGGGCGAGUAUGUCUAUGACUUUGGAGUGGAGUUUGCCAAACGCUAUCAGAAUCAAUCCAAUUUUGCCCUGCUAUGGACAAACUCCUUUAGUCACAAUGCCUUUGAUACGGCAGCCACAAUGGAUAACAGAAUGGUGGCUUAUUUAAAGGAACUGGAGUCGCAUGGUAUAUUGGAAACCUCGGUGGUUUUAUUUUUCAGCGAUCAUGGCCGCAGAUGGGGUUCUUUGCUUAAGCUUCCGGAGGGUUUUUUAGAAGAACGACUACCCAUGUUUUUCAUAUCUCUGCCCAAGUGGAUAAAACAUGAAUAUCCGGCCUUGGUGAGGAAUCUGGAAGUCAAUCAGGGACGUUUAAUAACACCCUUUGAUAUACAUGUGACACUGUUGGAUCUGGCGCGUUUGGUAGAUCACACAGUGAAUACCACAACAGAUAAUGAUUGUGCUCAAGCCCAAUCGAUUUUAGAGGUCAUACCAGAAGGACGUACAUGUGAUGAUGCUUGCAUACCGGAGAGUUGGUGCACCUGCAUACCCUACAUCACGCAGUCAACGAAAUCCGAUAUUGUAAAGAAGGUAGCCCAUUUGAUACUGGAUGAAAUGAAUAAUUAUUUGGCGGCCAAAAACAUAACUGCCUUGUGUAGCAAACUAUCUUUGAGCCGAAUAUCAAGCGCCCAACUGCGCGAUGUGGAUGUGCCAGCCCAUAUACCGCCCAAUAUAGCCACCUAUAAGAUAGAAUUUUCCACAGAUCCCAAGACAAAACCGCUCACAGAAUUUAGUGCCACAGUCGAUUAUGAUACAAAACUAAAGAAGCUCAUAGUGAAUGUGGAGGAUAUAAGCCGGCAGUCUUUAUAUGAGAAGACUGCCCAAUGUGUAGAGGAUAAGCAGCAGAAAAAGUAUUGCAUUUGUAAGAAUGCUCUUAAGCAUUGAUGGGCGUACUCACACAUUUGCACAUUUUAUACAAGCCCAUGGGCGGCCUAUGUUCUUUUUGGGGACGUAUACUAUAAUGUGCAAUAGAGAGAGUGUGUGAGCGUGUGUGUGUUAGCCCGUCGCUUUUCUAAAGUCGUUGCUGGCAACAAAACCACAAGCUGCUGUAAUGGGUGUGAUGGUCGGAGCAUUGUUUAUCUCUUGAUGGCGGCAUAGAUGAAAUCUUUAGCCACAGCCGCUCGUUGGUCAUUGCCAUAUGCCACCCUAAUUAGGGGAUGUGAUAAUUGUCAGGCCCAUUACCAUGGCACAUUGGCGAGCUUCAAUUCAAAUUGCCCUCUAUCGGAAGUAAAAAUCUGUCAACCAAAUUCCAAUAUCAAUCGAGUCUCACAAAACCGGAACAAUUUCACUACUUAAUUGCCUUUGAAGGUAUGAAUCGUGGCAUAGAAUUCUAAUUGCGGUAGUUAAGACACCACCAUUAUCAUCAUCAACAUCAAUGUAACCACCUUUGAAUCCUCUGACGACAUCCUCCAAUGGCAGACGAUUUUGCUUGGGUCUAUGAGGAAAAACGAUGUCACCCCGAGUACCUGAGCUAAUGUAGCGUGUGUUAUCCUUUCGAGGAUAACAAAAGUGCAUGCUUAUCUUUAGACCUACAAAGAGGAGUUACUUUUGUAUUUAUAUUGUAAAUAUUUAUAAAUAACAUAUUGUUUGUUAUACUUUAUCCCUCCUAUUCACGAGGAAAAACGAGAAAUGCUUAUGAAUUGCCUACAGGGAAUAAAUGUAUUAGGAAAUUUAAUUUUAAAUAAAUGAAAAUAUUUCCAAAA